AUGGGUAUCAUCCCCAGAUACUACUACAACUACUACGACAACCCCAACCCCUGGAAUGAGGAAGUCCUCGUAUCAUACGAGCAAAUUAUCUAUCAAAAGACUUUUUUUGUCGAGGUCGCGUUUGACUGCUUGAUCUUGUUGGCUCUAUUUUCUUUUGCCAUUUGGGCAUGCACCAUUCGAAAUGGAUCAGGCCCACAGCGGGCCACGAUUGUCGUAUUGGUGAUGUUUUUAAUUUCACAAUCUCUUCAAGUGAUUGCUGAUAUCCUCUACCUCGCAAUUGUGUGGGUGAAGCAAUCAUAUGUCAUCGCCUAUAUUCUAAAUUACGUCUUCGGCCUGGCCAGUUACUCUUUGCUAUUCGCGGUCUUCUAUAUGAUCAUACAUAGAUCACUGGAUCGUCUCACCGACUCGGGCAAGCCCGAUACAGCUGUGAAAGUUGUUCAUUGGGUUAUUGUCGGAAUUGUCACGGCUGUUUCCAUUGCUGAUUUUGGUCUAUAUACCGCUGUCACAGUUAAGCAAGUCGAAUCUGACCUUACUUACGAGCUCGUGAAAUCUCAGAGAAAUUUGUAUGCUGCUCGCUGCAUCAUAUACUUUAUUGUGUCUUUUGAGAUACUGGCUUGGUCAAUCUUUGUCGCUGUGAAAGCUAGGACUAGUCAAUUUGUCUCCAAGACACCAGUUCACUGGAUCGUUGCUAGCAGUCUUUGCUGGUUCGGCUACAAUAUAAUGUAUGCCAUUGUUGCGAUCCGCUAUCAACUGAAUUACUCGGUUUACAGAAUUGUUCCGUCAUACCUGGGAAUCAUCGAGGUUGUGUUCCAAUUUGUCUUUAUUGUCGGAAUCUUCACCGGUAUUUUGCUCAGUAUUAUGAACUGGCAUAAGUUUGGUGGUGGAGAAGUAUAUGGCCCAGCGCCCGUGCAGUAUCCCUACAACGCUACGCAGGGAGCCUACCAACACCCACAACAAGGCUACCAACAUCAGAGCUACCAGCAACCCCAGGGCUAUGUACAGCAGCAGCAGACUUAUUAG